UCAAUUAGAUGUGCAAUUUUGAUAUUACGUUACUGGCUUUAGUGUCGAGUAGAUCUAUACCAUAAGCUUCUGUUAAUAAAAGAGAACGUAUACUAACCAACACGAUAGAUUUAUAACUCGCUAAUCCGACUUAAAAUCUGUAAUCGUUGCACACGUAAAUGUAACUUAAUUUCCCCAACAGGUUUCAUUGUUUCAUGGUGACCUGUAAGUUCCUAGUCUUACUGUCAUUUAAACAAUAUAAUUUUACGCUGUUGCAUGUGAAAAGAUUUAAGUAUUGAAUCGAGGAAACCAAUAAUUUUGUUAGUUUCCAUAAAACUCCGAGAGUAGUGAUAUUUCUCCAGAUGGUAAAAAAGAAAUUGAAGAAAAAUCAAAAUCGGUGUACACCCUUUUCAGUUCCGAGAAUGGAAGCGGUGGAAGCCCCCCUCGAAAUGAUGUGCACGAAAAGAACUGCUGUGACCUAGAUUGCCUUUUUGUUCAAUUCGAUACGACUAACGGAAAAAAUUCCGUAUAGUCAGCAGUCUCAUCCGUUACAUGAAUCAUUCAUUCUUUACUUUUUUGGGGUUUUAUUUACUCUGCACUGCACUUGCUUGCUGUGAUUUCACAUUGGGGGUACGCGGAUUUGGUUUUGAUAACCACUUUUCUAUUUGGAUUUUUUCCCAUCGAGUGCAUCAUUCCGCACUACUCGCUCAUCUGAGCGCAGGGUUCUGCUGGAUUGUGUGCUGUGUACAAGUUCUCACUGCUUUGAUAAGUUCAGUUCACGGUACUUACAAUGUCGCUGCUGCUGUCACGCUUUCAUGCACUGACGCAAUAAAAAAAGAACUGGUCAAAGUGUCGUAAACUUCCUCAGCAUUUAAAAGAAUUCGUGCUCGAAGGUUGACUUCACAAACUUGUUUUUAGCUAUCCAUCGCAUGUGUGUUUUUUUAUCCGUUUCGAAUUAACUGUUAUAUAGAGAAAAAUACCAACUAUGGGUAUAAUAGUUGGCAAUUUUGCAAUUACGAUUUACCACCGCACAGACAGGCUGAAAAAAAAAGUUUAGUGGGCUCCGGAAGAGUAAUAGAGGUCAACGAUUGAGAAGAGGCUGGUGAAAAUGCAAAUUGCUGGACCCUAAAAAAUGAAUGAAAGCUAGUUGCUGCUGGCCUCCGCCUCCUCCGCUAUAUAUUCCGUCGUGUUUUGUCUCUUUUUUCUUCUUCUUCUUCUUUCCUUUCUUCUUUUUCAUGAGGUUCUACCUUCUUUGAGCUUCCUAACGGAUCGCCCCAGAGGUAAAAAACCAAAAAGGCUCAAAAAGAACGAAGCGGAGGAAUGAGUAUAACAAAAGUGGAGGGGAACGUUGACUUGGGAUUGGGUUUGACCACUUUGCCUCAGGUGAAUUUACUGCUAUACCUGGUCUGGCGGAGGAGUCGGUAGUCUUCAGCUGGCAGCCUUACCAGUUAGUUCUGAACAACGAAUACCUCUGUGUUGUGGGUGCUCGCCUCGGUUCUUCUUCUUCAUAUUGCCGUACAAUCUAUACACUCAUUUUUGGUGUGUUUUUAUUUCUCUCGAAAUACGGAAAUUUACCGAGUAAUGUAGAUUGGCUGCAAGAAUUCAACAUAGACAAAAAGGGAUUAAAAGAUUUGCAUCAGGUCCGAGAAAUGGGGAAAAUGUCGCCGCUGUGCUCCGCGCUCAACAUGUUACAGUUUAUUAUGGUCUUAUUCACUUGGAUCUUACUCGAUUCGGUUCCCAUGAUGAGUUGCGACACUCUGAAGCCAACGGAUCCCUUCAGCGAUGCCCUGCCACACCUCGAUAACGACGACUACACCAGUGACAAUCCAUUCGAGAGGCCGUGCACGGAGGCCAAGCGCGGACUAGACCUACCCUGCACUUGUUCCAGCGGUCCCGACAACGGGACCCACAUCAAUUGUGACCGAAUGGUCUUCCCCGGUGACUUUCCGGUACUUCCCUACCGUUACCGCAUUCACGGCUUCUCACAGCGACUCACGGGAUACCAGGCUUUCCCGGCCCAACUUUUCACGGCCAGCGAUGUGCCCCUCAAGCGACUGGACCUGUCCCAAAACGGCGUGGUCUUGAUCACGGAAAAGCUGCUGGACGGGAUUGGCGACACGCUGGAAGAGAUCAACCUAAGUCAAAAUUUGCUGGGCGAUCAGCUCAACCCCAUCUUUUCUACCACCGAGUUUCAUAAUCUGAAGCAACUGAAACGUCUCGACCUCAGUGACAACGAUCUGAAAGCUCUGGACGAUUCCAUUGUUAAAGGAUGCGAUAAACUCCAGGAUUUGCGACUGGAACGAAACAGCCUGAUGCGUGUUCCAAGCGGCACCUUGAAGGAAGUCAAAACUUUGCAGCGUUUGAAUCUAGAGCACAACAAUAUUGGUGCGAUUGGAAAUGAGGCGUUUGUUCAACAAACGUCGUUACGUUCGUUGAACAUGUCACACAACGUCAUUGCCAAUAUCGACAUGACCGCUUUGAAGGGUCUGUCGCAACUUCAAAAAAUGGAUCUGAGUUACAACAAAAUAUCUCGCCUUUCAGAAAGACUCUUUUCAGAUGUAUCAAUGCUGCAAGACGUUGAUUUAAGUAACAAUUUCUUGUCUUCCAUUCCAACGUCAUUGACCGGCUUACCCUCUCUCAAGAGGCUCUCGUUAUCGGCCAAUCUUAUCCAGAACCUGGAUAGCGGAGCGUUAGGAGAACUUCCAAGUUUAGAGUAUUUGGACGUCUCUAGAAACAACAUUGCCGAAUUGCCCAAUGGCACUCUGUCACGAAUGAGCCGCCUGAAAACCCUGCAGUUUAGUGUUAACACGCUUCGCAAGGUGGAAGACGAUGCUUUCCGAGGACUGGAACAGCUGGAAGACCUCUACCUGGACGACAACGGCAUUCUGGCAGUGCCUCAGUCAGCCCUGCGCCACGUAACGAAAUUGCGCCGGCUGUCGCUCUCCUUCAACCGAAUAGCCGUCGUUUCAGGUCAGCUCUUCGGUUUCACCACCGAACUGCAGCACCUGUCGCUCUCCUACAACGUCAUUAGGGAACUACCGGAAGAGGCUUUCCUGCCGAUUAAGUCGCUGCGACGCCUCGAGUUGCGUGGCAACCAGCUCACCGCCGUACAGGCCAGCACUUUCCGCAGUCUGGCGUCGUCUCUGCAAGAACUGGACCUCGGUCGCAACCGGAUCAACGAACUCGAAGCGCUGGACCUUCCCCAAGUCCAAACUUUGAAAUUGGACUACAACAAUUUGACGUCGCUCAAGCGCGGCCAAUUCUCCAAGAUGACGCAACUCAUCGCACUCAACGUCAGUCACAACGGGAUCGAUCUGGUGCCCAGUGGGAUUUUCCGCGGUCUCUACCGACUUCGCCAAAUCGAUUUGCGCAGCAACAACCUGGCCACCCUGGCCGUUGGCAUCUUUGACGGAUUGGCCAACCUGCGAGCCGUUUACCUGCAAGACAAUUUGAUCCAGCUGAUCGACUCGCGCACUUUCAGUCAGCUGCCGCAGCUGCGACUGCUCCAGCUCGGCCGCAACCAAAUUUCUGAAAUUCGCACCAACGCCUUCGACAAUUUACCGCAGCUCAGGAAAAUUGUGCUGGCCAACAACCAACUGGAGAGCGUGCCAAAGAGUCUCUCGCGAACGACAAAUGCCACCAUGCCGGUCGAGGUUCUCGAUCUGUCCAUCAACAAACUAACGGCCAUUUCAAGUCGAGAUUUCUUCUAUUGGUCGAAAUUGGAAUACGUCAGUCUGGCGCGUAACAAGAUCGUUUCGAUCGACGAGCACGCAUUCCAACAGCAGUCGUCCACUUUGAAAACGCUAGACCUGUCGCGCAACAAACUCAAGGUGCUACCAGCUGGCCUGGUCACUAGAGCCGUCAAGCUACGAGCCAUCGACGUCAGCCGCAAUUUGCUGGACAGGAUGAGUGCGACAGUUUUCCAGAAUUCGUCACAACUUCAGACCAUUAAUCUGAGUUACAAUCGACUGCGAUCGCUGCCCGAAAAUCUCUUCCACGGUCUGACUCGACUCCAUUUAAACUUGGAACACAAUCGGCUGAAUUCUCUGCCGUCGGGCAUAUUCGAUCGCUCCAAACUUCACGGAUUGCUGUCCAUCCAUCUGGGACACAAUUUCUUCGAAGAGGUGCCCAUAGAUGCGCUGCAGAAGCAGUUCUUCCACCUGGAAUACCUCAACUUGGCCAACAAUCGACUGCGCGUCAUCCCGGCCGACACCAACAUUCUCGUCACCAUCAAAACGCUGGACCUGUCGUUCAAUCCGCUGACUGAAGAGUCCGUUCACAAUGUCCUCAGCGAGCCCAAGAAAGUCAAGGAUCUCAACAUGGCCGCCACUGGCAUUUCCCGGAUACCCGUCCUGGAGACUCCGUUCCUGCGUCGGCUGAAUCUCUCCUCCAACAAGCUGGACAGCCUCAACGAAACUGUUUUCCAGCGGCCCACUUUGCUGGAGAUGCUGGACCUCUCCAACAACCAAAUCGUGGGCAGCAGUGCUGGGGGUCUACCCAACAGCAUCUGGUCGCGGAUGAUCUUUCUCAAGAAACUGAUCCUGUCGGGCAAUCCCAUCAGCCAAAUUGUCAAGGGCGAUCUGUCUCAUUUGUCGUCGCUGGAAGCGCUCGAGCUGGUCGAUCUAGCCUCUUGCACUAGGAUCGACAGCCAGGCAUUUUCUAGCCUGCCCAAUUUGCGCAAUCUCAAACUGUACGGCCUACCGCGGCUCGAGUCGCUCCAGUCACGCAACAUCCUGCAGCACAUCACGACGCUGGAGCGAGUCAACAUUGAAAUCACUGAGCCGACGCUGCAGGAUCAACUGGCUCCCGCUUUUCUGCCCAGAAUUCGUGAAAUCUACGUUCACGGUCGCGGAGUUUUGCGAUCCAUUUCACCGGCCACGCUAGCGGGAUUGACCAGUCCUCAGAUUCUCUUCGCUCUCCACGACACGGCCGUCACCAGUUUGCCCGCUUCGCUCCUCUUUCCGGUGCCCAUGUCGACUGAGCUGACGCUGGAUUUGUCCGGCACCAAGCUGCCGGUUUUCAGCCCGCAAUUCUUGGCCGCCGCCGAUAAUCACCGCCAUUUCCUGGAGCUGCGCGGAUUGCGCCAGAAUCCCAUCAUCUGCGACUGCAACGCCCGACCUUUCCGUCGAUGGCUCAAGGCUCACGUGCCUCAAAAGGGAUUCCGUUCGCGACGCAGGCCGCGUCAAGUGCCUCUUUUAGACGAUUCGUCGAGUAUUCUGGUUCGAGUGUCGGCCAGCAGUAGCCUCGGCCGGCCAGCUGUUCAACGCAACGAAACCGUCUCACCAGUCACCACCAACCAGCAAGCCAACGACUUGGUGGCGUUCAAAUUUUCCAACAUUGAACCAGCAGAGAUCAAGAACACGACGACAAUUCCGCCGACUCAACGGCCGCGUAGUAGUAGUACUACUACCCCCAUUGCUGUGUCGCGGAGUACACAAGAAUUAUUACCGGCCACUGUCUCAGAUGGGGAGGUGUUUGUCGUUACCUUGGGCUAUGAGGACGUCCAGAGCGACGACGAGAGCGACCUCAACCAACAUCUCAAAGACGAGGUGAUUCUUAGUUUGUCGCAAGAAUUGGCCGAUGUCCGGUGUAGCGGCCCGUCGGCUCUCAUGGGCAUUCGUCUAAUUGACAUGGCCGAGGAAGAUCUGAGCUGCGACGGACUCGGUCGUGGUGAAGUGGUCGUUCCAUCUUCCGAGACUGAAAACACUCUCAAAGAUACCAUCGAUGUGGUGGUGGCGGCCAGGCCUAGUCGCCCCCUAUUUACACCGGCGUACUCUUCACCGGUGCCUAGUGCCACCACUAAUCUCACAGAGGGCGAGCCGGAAAUCAUUUGGUACAGCGAGAACGAAGAUUUGCAUACCAGCAGCGAUGCCAACAUGCGCAGCAACAUCGUCAAUAAAGAUCGUCGAUAUCCCGAGCUGAAAUACGGCGGCAAUGCUCGGGCGGAGAGCGCUGCCGGCAAUCCCGGAUUGCAUCACAUGGACGCUGUGAUUAUCGGAAUUGUGGGAGGUGUCGUGGCUUUCGUGGCUUUAUUAAUCAUCAUCAUAUGUUUGGUUCGACUCCGAUCGGCUGCGCCGUAUCGUGGUGGGCCCAUGGCCGGAGCCUUGGCCAUCAGGCAUGAUAAAUGUACUUGUGUGGGUCCUAGUAGCGGGCAUCCCAUGUUGUGCCAUUGUUUGCCGGGCUAUCCUGGUCAUGCCUUGCACGGUCCACCGUCUCUGCAGUCUCUUACCGGAAUUCCGGCUCUACCUUCGUUGCCGUUACCUUUACCGCCCUGCCCUCCGUCGAGCAGCCGCGGUGUUACUGGGCGCAGUUCCAUCUACAGCGUGCCCAUUCCCAGGAAAAUCGGAUCGCCGCCGCAGCACCAUCCGCGCUCGACUCUAGGUCUGGCCAGUCGCUCCAGCUUUUAUCCACCGACACCUUAUUACGUCACUUUCCCACCCGAAUCGGAGACUUGAUUGAUGCUAGAACCUGGCGAAUCAUUUUUUCAAAAACAAUUACAACUCUGUGAGUGAAUGAAAAUAUGUUUGAGUGUUGACAUUCGUUUUGUAAUAUUUUUACAUUAAAUUUGUUGAUGGAGACAGGUGGAUGUUGGGAAUUUUGUUGCUCAUUUGAGUGUCCUUAACAAAUGUGUACAUGCAAUUGUUACUUCGUGCGUCGUCAUGAAUGAGAGAGGAAACUGCUGUGUGAUCGUUUGUAAUCAUUUUGAAAAUUGACAUCUAUGCUCAUGCUUGUAAAUACACUGCAUCCGUUCAGGA